CAGCCACACACGGUGACACGGCGCACCACGUCGCCGCGCAUGCCAAGCUUUAUAUAUAUCGGAGCGGCGCGUUCGGCCCUCAAAUUCCAAAGUCCAACACCUCGCAAACGCAAGAGUGGAGAAAAUCACACCUGACCCGCACUGGAUAUCGUCUCGCCCGUCGCCGUCAGAUCGGUCGAUUCGUAAGUGCGUGCACUGGAGAUACAGCUUGGUGCUUCCUUCCUCUCGAUGGCCGUGGCGUUCCCGCCGCCGCACGUAAUGGCGCUGAGCAAGGUGCAGCGGCUGUACGACGCGUGCGACGUGGUGUUCUCGUCGCCGGCAGCGGCGCCCACCCUGGGGGAGAUCAGGUGGCUGCAGCAACUCCUCGAUGGCAUGGAGGCAGCGGACGUCGGGAUCGACGAUGGGGAGAGGACGCCGUCGUCGUCGUCGGACGACGAGCAGAGCCCAAAGAGCGGUCGGCUCCUGCCGGCUCUGGCGUUCACGCGGAUCACAUACGUGCACAUACACCAGUCCGACGAUUUCUCGAUCGGCGUGUUCUGCUUUCCGGCGGGCGCGACGCUGCCGCUGCACGACCACCCGGAGAUGGUGGUUCUGAGCAAGCUCCUGUACGGCUCGGUGCGGGUGCGGUCGUACGACUGGGUCACCGAGCUGCCGUGCUCCACCGCAAGAAAGUGUGGUUUGGCCAGGGUGGUGGCCGGCGACGAGGUGCGGCGCGCGCCGUGCGAGGCGUCGGUGCUGUUCCCGCGGAGCGGCGGCAACCUGCACGCCUUCACCGCCGUGACGCCGUGCGCGAUCCUCGACGUGCUGACGCCGCCGUACUCGGAGGAGCAGGGCCGGCCGUCGACCUACUUCAACGACGUCCCCAUCCCGUCUCUCCCAGGUUUUGCUUUCUUGGAAGAGACGGAUCUGCCCGAGGAUUUCAACGUCGCGGGGGCGCCGUAUCUUGGCCCUGACCUGACGGUAGAUAUGGAUGAUGACGACGACGACGACUACGACGAUUAUGACGAGUAGCCAGCUUACUGUUUUUUCAAAAGAGCUAGAUACAGAUAUCGGUACUAGUUGUGUGCACAAGUUCUGUACAGGAAUGUAUAUAUACCAGGAGAGUUUUCAGAGCAAAGGUGCACUAUUAGUUCAUUGGCUAUUACAGAGUUUCACAUACUAACAACCUUAUAAAUCAGCCUGAUCGAGCAUCUGAGUGUGCAAAGUAAAUAAUUUACUCAUUUUCUUCA